GUUUCAGUUCUUUCUGUUAGGGUUUAAGGAUUUCUGUGUAAUUGUGAGACGUUAGUCUGCAAACGUUCAAUAGCCAAAUUUGAACUCCUGUCUCGACUCUCGAUUCUUGAAUCAUCCUUCCCAUGCAAUCGUCGUUCUGCAUCACUUCUGAUGCCUCUCGAUUUGAACUUUAUAGGAAAACGCUUAAACCUCGGUGGAUAGUUGACAACCCUAAAGUUCAGAAACGGGAACUAAAUCGAAAAAUAUCAACUUCUUCAAAUUCAUUGAAGACUUCGUACGGGUAUGAUUUUGACAGAGGAGAGGGACCUGCAACGGCCGAACGCCUUCCUGUCGUAAUCCACAAGUGUGGUCGGAGUUCUCGGUAUUCUUGGGAUGGAACCCAUUUACAAUUGGUAUCUUUCGGUGCUGAUACUUCGGACUGUUUCACAUUCGAUGAUUGGUUCCGAAAUUUUUUACACUUCUGCAGUUCAGGAGUACGGAAUUUCCUCAUUCCUCGACAAGUUCACGAGAAUUACAUGGAUUACGUGAAGUGGAAGUUCUUGCAUCGGGUCUUCAGUUCUGCUCUCCAGGUUCUGGCUACUCAGGCAAUGUUUCGAGCUAUAGGUAUUGGGUACUCUCGUUCCCUUCCAUCAGCUGCUGCACUGAACUGGCUGUUGAAGGAUGGGCUUGGACGGCUUAGUCGAUGCAUUUACACAGCUAGCAUGGCAUCUACAUUUGAUACAAAUUUGAAGAGGGUUAGGUUAUCAACAUCCAUUUUGUUCAGCUUGAGUAUUGGCGUUGAAUUGCUAACUCCAGUGUUCCCGCGGUACUUCCUGCUUCUUGCUACUGUGGCCAACAUUGCUAAACAAAUUAGUCUGGCUUGCUACCUAGCAACUGGUUCUACAGUACACCGAAGCUUUGCAAUAGCAGAUAAUCUUAGUGAAGUUUCGGCCAAAGCACUGAUUCAAACAGUUUGCUUUGAUAAUGUUGGAUUACUGCUUGCUGUACUCUUGAAUACAUUGUGCAAGAACAACCAAAGAUUGCAAGCUGGUCUGCCUUUCUUUGUAUACCCAAUUUUCUCUGCAAUUGACCUUUUUGGGAUCUACCAAGGACUCAAGCACGUCCAUCUACAAACUCUAACAAAGGAUAGGCUUGAGAUUAUUCUGGAUACAUGGAUUCAGCUGGGAUUUGUUCCUUCACCUCCAGAGGUUAGUAAGGAGGAAGACAUGAAUUUCCUGUGGAGCAAAGUGAGCUUUGCAUCAGGCAGAGGGCAAUGGCCAAUCAGGAUUGGAUGUGUUGAUCCGAAGGAUCCAAUACCAAAGAUUUCAAUGCUGACAAUGCGAUCUUUGAGCAGUGAAGAUUUCUACUUCAUCUGCAUGGAGACCUGCAGAGGUUUGAGAAGAAAUGGGCAACGGGGCAUUCUUCUUUCUCUACGUGAAGGAGCAGGCACAACAGAUAUUAUUAUGGGUUUGUUGCAGGCCUGCCAUAUCCGGAAGGCACUUCUACAAAGCAGUAGCAGGUGGGAGCAUAUUCUAGAAGCUAGUUACAUCUCAGAAUCGGUUAUCAGGGAGUGGUUUAAUGUGGUUGAAGAUAGCAAGAGUUGUUCAGAAGUUGAUGUUAACUUAUUGAAGGAAGAAAUUCGGAGAUCUGGUUGGGCCGUUCAAAAUAUUUUAUUAAGUGGACAAGAGCAGGUCCGUUAUACUUUGUUAGACAGCUGAAGUGGAUACGGAGAUUCAAGUCUAGUGAGCUCUUCUCCGUAAGCCCGAAGAAAUUUUGACAAUGACUUAAGACACUGGUGACCAUCUGUAAAUUAUGUAAAAUUAACUCUUAGCUGUUUAAGAAAC